GGGGAGGAGGUGCACACAUGGGUCGAGAGCGCUGAGUGGCGGGGCGUAGCGCAAGUAGGGAGCCAGCGUGGAAGGCUGGGCUUGUCCGGGGGCGGUGGAUAACACCUGGGAGCGGCUGGGGGGACCUUCCGAGCCGGGGGCGCGCGCCAGGCCCCGCAGUCACCGUGGGCAGGUGGGGCUGAGCCUGGUCAGAAGCAGGUGCUCGGUGCGGGCCGGGCUGUACGGAGACCGUGAACCCGACCCUGCUUGCAGCUCGACCGGGGAAAAGGCUUCCCCGCAGCAGGAGGGGAAAGCGCGUUCCUAACGUUGACAACGAACGUGCUGGAAAGCUCGGGAGGCGGGUCUGCGGUGGAGCCCGAGUUGGGGAGCCGCAAAGACUAGGUAAAUUUCAAGUCAGACGCCUGUUACUUCUCUGGAAAUGAGGAUAAUAAUAAGCUGAGCCUUACAAUCUCCCAAGAGGGGCCAAAAAUGAACACAUCUCAGGCAUCCGUGUCAUUCAAGGAUGUGACUGUGGAGUUCACCCAGGAAGAAUGGCAGAAAAUUGGCCCUGCUCAGAGGACUCUGUACAGAGAUGUGAUGCUGGAGAUCUUCAGCCACCUCGUCUCCGUGGGGUAUUGCUAUACAACACCAGAAGUGAUCUUAAGGUUGGAGCAAGCAGAAGAUGCAUGCUUGUUAGAGAAAGAAUUUCUAACCAGGAACUCCUCAGAAGAUUGCCAACAUGAUAACCUCUUAGAGAAGAGCCAAGAAAUCCAAGACAGACAUUUGUGGCAAGUUUUAUUUACUCAUUUUCAGAGAACUGACACAGGAGAGGAAAGGUUCAGCCAGGAGUCACACUUAAGAGUAAAUCACGCAGACCUGACGCCCUUUGAAUGUGGACAAAACUUCAGCCAUAAUUUAACUCACACAACAGAGAAAUUCUGUAAUCAUAAUAUAUGCAGGGGAACCCUCCGCCACCAAUCAGCCCACAGUGCAUGUCAGAGGACUCACAUAAGGUUGAAACCCUAUGAGUGUAGUGAAUGCGGAAAAUCCUUCCAUAAGAAAUCGUACCUCCUUACGCACCAGAGAAUUCACACGGGGGAGAAACCUUACAAGUGUAACGAAUGUAGGAAGGAUUUCAGCCACAAGUCAGGCCUACAGAAACAUGAGAAAACUCACACAGGGGAGAGACCUUACGAGUGUGUUGAAUGUGGGAAAACUUUCAGCCGCAAGUUAGGCCUGAGAGUACAUCAGAGAACUCAUACAGGGGAGAGACCCUAUGAAUGUAGUGAAUGUGGAAAAACUUUUGUCCAGCAGUCAGCUCUCAAAACACAUCAGAUCAUUCACACAGGGGAGAAGCCUUAUGAAUGUAAUGAAUGUGGGAAAACCUUUGCCCAGAACUCAACCCUCAGAAAACACCAGACAAUUCACACAAGGGAGAAGUCCUAUGAAUGCAAGGAAUGUGGAAAAGCCUUCAACCAGAAGUCAAGUCUAGGAACGCACCAGAGAACUCACACAGGGGAGAAACCAUACGAAUGUAAAGAGUGUGGGAAGGCUUUCAGUCAGAAGGCAAACCUAGGAAAACACCAGAGAACUCACACAGGGGAGAAGCCCUAUGAAUGUUACGAGUGUGGAAAAGCCUUCAAACAGAAGUCAAGCCUAGAAAUACACCGGAGAAUUCACACAGGGGAGAAACCAUACGAAUGUAAUGAGUGUGGGAAGGCUUUCAUUCAGAAGUCAAGCCUGGAAAAACACCAGAGAACUCACACAGGGGAGAAGCCAUAUGAAUGUAAUGAGUGUGCGAAGGCUUUCACCACAAAGUCAGGCCUAAGAGUACAUCAAAGGGUUCACACAGGAGAGAAACCCUAUGAGUGUAAUGAAUGUGGGAAAGCUUUUAACAAGAAGCCUGGCUUAAGAUUACACCAAAGAACUCACACAGGAGAAGAACACUAUGAAUGUAAUGAGUGUGGCAGAGCCUUCACCUCUAAAUCAGUCCUCAGAGGACAUCAGGAAACUCAUAAAAGGGAAAAACUCUAAAUAUGAUGAAUGUGAGAAAGCUUUUAGUGAGAAAUCUGGUUUAAAAUUACUACAGAGAACUCACACAGGAGUUCUGAAUGUAAUGAGCAUGGCAGAGCCUUCACCUACAGAUGAGUCCUCAGAGGACAUCAGGAAACUCAUAAAGGGGAAGGUCUGUAUUAAUGGAAUAAAUGUGGGAAAGCCCUCGGUCAUAAAUCGGGCUUAAGAAAACAUCAGGGGAUUCAUACAGUGAAAGGAACCCUAUGAAUGUAAGGAAUGUGGAACAACUUAGAUCCUGAAGUCAAACCCCAGAGAUCACGCACAAGAAAGCCUUAUGUGAACAUACUGAGCAAACGAAAACAUUGAUUGCAAAUCAAAUACAUGAGAGAACUAUAGCUGUUCUGUUUUACAAACUUCAGACUGUUUUCCUGUGUUUUUUCCAGGGCUGGCCAUUUGCCUGAAUAUUUGCCCAGCUUGGCCUGCCUCUGUCCACAUAUGUGUAUGCCUGGCCUCACAAAACCUCUGACAUGUGUUUGCUUAUACAAGAAUGCUUUUUGAGACCUUCCAGAGAGUAUGUGUAAACAUCAGCCUUCCCUGGAUCCUAGAACCCUGAUAGAGAGCCAGGAGUUCAGUGGAUCCGUGCAAACCUGUGGUCCUCGGUUGGAAUCCGGACUUAGCUGCCUCUUAGGCCAGUGACCUCAUCUCCCUGAGUCUGUUCCCUCGUCUGUAAAGUGUAGCAGCAGCGUCUGCCUUGCGUGGUUGUGGUAAAGAUUCAAGUGCUCAUGGUGGAAACAAAGCAAUGUCAGUUCCCUUCUGUGUUUAGAUAAUUCACAUCUCCCAAGAGAUGCUUACGGAUGAAGUUAGGGGGAAGAAGAGGCAGGAGUGUGGCGAUGACAGGAACUUGAAAGAAUAGAGAGAGCUGAAGGAGGGAUGGAAGCAGAGCGAGAGGAAUCCGUGCAGUGCCCUGGGCUCAUGGCUCCACUCCUUGGACCUUUACCAGGACAGUCCACAUAUCACCCCCUCAUGAUUCGAGUCUCCCUGGACGACCACAGUGGCGAUUGAGUGGGUCCCAGUGGACUGUCUGCAGAGACAUGCAUCUCUGGUGUUCACAGAUACAAGCUCAGGGCCACGGCAACCAUCUUGAGAUGUGUGUGGACUGGAAAUGGGUGAAAAUGGAAGCUCUGUUGCCAGAGCACAUUUGGGGACCCUGAGGAUUUGGGUGAAGUCUGGGUUUCUCGACCAAGCCUUUCUUGUAGUUUCUUUAUAAUCUUUAAAAUAUGUAAAGGCUAAUAACUACAUUAUUCAAAUUUUACUUAAAGCAACUCAUAAUUUGAUUUACAGAUGCAUUUCUCUUUAAAAGAAACAUUUAUAUUAGUAAUACUAAAGGAAACCAGUUUAUAACUUGCCAUCUAUAGAAACUAAUUGAAAAAACGUGCAAAAACAGAAUAGCAACUUAAAAAUUGUAAAUUUAUGAUCUAAUCAGUUUUUUUUAUUAUCUUGUUAGUUACCAUAUAGGACUUCAUUAGUUUCGAUGUAGUGUUCCAUGAUUCAUUAUUUGCGUAUAACACCCAGUGCUCAUUAAAGAUCAUCUCUGGCAUUAGAAAAAUGACUUGAAGGAACCUCCUAGAUAUAGGAAGGACAAUCAGGUCUUGGGGGCUUUCAGUCACUGAAAUAUCUCACUGUCUCAAGGUUCAAAGGGCUGACGUGACCGAAGCUAAUUUCCAUAAGGGGGAAGGAAGGAUGUGGCUCAAACCAGUUGUGAUGGAGGCACUCGAAAUUAAAGUGUACGAUUUCUAGAUUAUGGGCAUGAUCACAAGCAAAGACCUGUUACAGACCAGCACUCAUUCCCCUAUGGAAGCAAGUUAUUUCCCCGUGUUUAGAAGUGGAGUUUGGGAUACCUGGUUUGUUUGGAACAUGGCCUCUGCACCAUUUCAGAAAGCUCCCAGUCUGAGGAAAAUAUGCUCAUGGUUGGUUUUAGGGGCCCAAAUAUAUGAAACUGGCCCCGGGUCCCCCCUGCCAUGUUAUGGGCAAAUCAAGUUCUGAGGAAGAAGAGAAGUGUAAUUCUUUCACACAGUCUCAUCCUUUCCAUUCCCAUCACCAGAGUUGUAGUUCAGACUCUUUCUUCUAAGACACUAAAAUGUAGAGAUAGUGUGGGAAACAUGCCCAUUGUGGAAUAUAACGGAAUGUGUAUCUGUGAACCCACCACCUAGCUCAGGAAUAACAGUAUCGGUCAUGACAGUAUAUCUACUGGUAUACACUUUCCCUGUCUAUCCCCUCCCUCCCAGAGGCAACAACCUUUCAAAAUUGUGUGGGUAUGCGUGUGUGUGUGUGUGUGUGUGUGUGUGUGUGUGUGUGUGAGAUUGGCUUGAAAAAACUAGCAUGAUGAAUUAUGAAUCUGUAAACAGUAAUUGGUUCUACUGAUUUCAAGGUUAAUUAGAAUGGUCAUAUGUCCUGCUUUUUUUGAUUCAAUGUUACAUACCUAACAUUUGUACGUAUUGAUUUAUAGGGUUGUACUUCACUCAGUUUCACUUAUGUACAGCUUGAUAUUAAAAUGUAUUCAUUUGUGGUUUUGCCCACAUAUUUUAGAAUAGAGAAAUGUAUUUCUAAAUUCUAACUUCUUGAAGGAAAUGAAAAAAAGAAAUGGAAAGGUUGGGUUGCAAGCUUAUGCCAGGAUGUUGAUAGGAAACUUUCUGACUCCGUUUACCUGGGCUGCAGGAUCUCAGCUGGAACUGUCCCAUAGUCUAAGAGAUGGUGUACAGUUACCAAGCAGGACUUGGAAAGAUGUGUCCAAAAGCUACUCUGUGACUGAUAAGUUCAGAAAACAUGAUUGGGUAGUUAGGAAGUGUUUUCUUCUUGAUAUUUGUUGGUAGCUUUUUAAAAUUUUUUACUUAGGUAAAAUAUGCAUAACAUAAAAUUUACCGUUUUAAUUAUUUCUGAAGUACCUUUUCAGUGGCAUUAAAUAUAUUCACAGCGUUGUGCAACCAUUUACCUACGUUCAUUUCCAGAACUUUCUUCAUCUACCCAAACUGAAAUUCUAUAUCCAUUAAAUGCUAACUCCCCAAUCCUACUUCCAGCCCCUGGCAAACACCAUUCUGCUUUCUGUCUUUACUGGUUUGACUGAUCUGUGUACAUCAUAUACAUGGAAUCAUGCAGUAUUUGUCUCCUUGUGACUGACUUAUCUUACUUAGCAGGGUGUCUUCAGGAUUCAUCAGUGUGUGUAAGAAUUUCCUCCAUUUUUUAAGCUGAAUAAUAUCCCAUUGUGUGUUUUCUUUAUCCUUUUUUAAUUUUUUGUUUAUCCAUUUAUCUGUCCGUGGGCACUUGGAUUGCAUCUACCAUUUGGAUAUGUUAGAUACUGCUCCUGUUAACGUGGGUGUAUGAAUAAUUAAUUCUUCAAGAUCCCACUUUCAGUUCUUUUGAGUACGUACCCAGAGGUAGAAUUUCUGCAUCCUACAGUAAUUCAAUUUUUAGUUUAUUGAGGAACCAUUACACCGUUUUCCAUAGCAUCUGCACCAUUUUACAUUCCCACUAGCAGUCCACAAGGGUUUUGAUUUUUUUUCACAGUGUCCCUGAUACUUCUUAUUUUCUAUUACUUUGGUAAUUG